UGCUGAGCGAGCUCUGUCGUGACUGACUGACCGCUGAGAGGAGACUAGCGCACUUAACUGUAGUUUAGUUAGUUAGUUAGUUAGUUAGUUAGUUAGUUAGAUUAGUUAGAUUAGUCAUCAUGGCCAGAAGCGACGGCAGCUCGUAUUUCAGGAGAUCAGGUCUGUUCUGGAUGGUGGUCGUGACGCUUUCUUUGAGUUUUUUAACGUGGACGGUGUUCUGGCCUCAGGACGUCCCUUACAGCAGUCUGGGUCCUCUGGGCGCUCUGGCCAAGCAUUUGGUGGACUAUCAUUAUCCUGUGCUGUAUUACGGAUGGUUUCUGACGUGGGUCAUCCAUCUGUUCGAGGCUCUUUUUGUGCUGAAGGUCUGCAGUGAUAAAGGCAUCGACAGCACGUCCACACGCUUGCUGUGGUUCGCUCAGACGUUCCUGUUUGGUUUCGCGUCUCUGGGUCUUCUGGUGAAAUACAAGCCCGACGGCCGACCCAAACGCCAGUGACAGAAACCAGAGCUCGUUUCCCAGCAGCACACUGAUCUUUAUAUUCCAGAGGAUUUAUCAACCAGCAGGUUAUAUCUGAAUAAUCACAUCCACCUCACUGGAACAGCCUUUCGCUAAAGGCUAAGUGUCACAUCCGAGGUCUUGUUUACAUGAUCCUGGUUCAGUACUGAAGCUCUGUCAGCAGCAUUAGUCACAUAACCUCAGACUAGUGUGAUGCAAUCACUUACUAACCUCGACUGGUGUAGUUACAGUAUAUCUAAUGUCCCUGUAAUGGCCAUGUAAAUCUAGUAAACAUGGUAACUUUCACACAGUGUGCUAAGAGACGGGUUACAUACAGAAAAAUCCUGACAUUCAUGGGUGAUGAAUAACUAGAAAUGUAUCCGUCUAAAGCUUUAGUUCCAUGAUGAAAUAGAUUAAACUUCCCACUGUACAACAGAAUAAGAGAGCCCUCCAUAUAAGCUAUAAUAUUUACUCCAGUACACUGGAG